ACCAUUUGUCACUUGUGUCUCCAAAGCAUAUACUAUAAUAUGACUGCUAGAAGAAAGCUACGAGUCAACCCCACUUAAACAGGUGUAAACCAUUGCCAUACCGGGUUACUAGUAAGGAGAAAAAUGAUUAUUCUCUUUACGCAAGUAUUAUCUGCCGUUUGGUUAAGUUAUGGGGAAGGUUUGUGUAAAUGUCAGGAUAACCACCAUGGACCGAGUUGCUCACUGCUGGCAUUUUAUGUCAAGAAGUAUACGUUUCCCCUAUAAGUCAAUUCUUAUUCGUUCAUAAUUGUUAUUCAUCUGUGAUAUUCUGUUCAAUUUAGCCGUAAUCUAUUACAUAGUGUCGUUCCUUAUAAGCGAUCAUACACUUCAAUUUUCAUAUACACAAAAGAAUCCUUGCACGAGACAAAUGUGCAGUUCGUUUUAUUUUUGCUUUACAAAAACAAGUGGACUAUUAUAAGGGACUAAGACCCCGGGAAUCUCCUUGAUAUCACGUAUAACAGUUUAGUUUUUAGCUGGAACAAAAUCUCGUAUUACUUCCCUCAAUACAGUUCAGAAAACAAACACAAGGCGCGGCCGUUAUUUAUAAAAUAGAGAGAACGCUGUUUUGCUGUUCUUUCACUUCAUGGAGAUUUAUCCUCAAAAUCUUUCACAAAAUUAUAAUUACCAAAUAGGAUGGAGUGCUUCUCAUUCUUACGGAAUGGAUCUGUAUUUCGCGGUAAACAAAUGUCUGAACGGGCCGAGUAUAACGUUCAUGUUACAAUUCUUCAUGUAAAUCUACGAGAGUCAAUGCUAUGUGGUUAUUUUCAUAUCGAUGAUGACGACGAACACAAUCUUCCCCUUCUGACGACCUACUUUGAGGCUGAAAUAAUUGGAGAGAAGUUUUCAUUUCUUACUAAAUGGCCUGAAUGGGGGGCAAAUGAGUCUAUUGAUUUCCGUCAUUGGAAAAAAUUGGGCGGUUUAGAUGACUCAAUAAAAAAUGAAUCUCAAAUGAAGAACUAUGUCAGACGUGAGCCGUACAAGCACGAUUUAAUAUUUAUGCGGUGGAAGGAAUUGGCGUUAUUUGAUCGUCCGGCUCCGGGAUCUAGACUUUCGCACGCUCCAAAAGCUGUCAGUUAUGAAGGUUUUUAUUACAUAGCUUUCAGGCAGAGCACUGGAGAGAUUACCGGCUACUACUACCACAACAAGUCUAAUCGUUACGAGUACCUAGAGUUUAAGCCAGUGAUUAACAAAACAUUCCCUCUUUAUGAAUUCAAUUAGUCCAAUUUCACCCUCCGCUUAAACGUCAUUACAUCGGUUACAAAACAAAAAUAAGAUACUUUUGCUCAUAUAAUUAUGGACACCAGCCU